CAUUUCCUCAGCUGUCAUUCGGUUCGUAUCCUUCAGAGCAUCAACAUCAUACGAGAGGUGCUAAGCUUCAGUACUUCCGAAUUUUUUUCAAUCUAGCCGGUUUAUGUGGAAUUAUAAUUGCUCACAAAGAAGCUAGCAUGUUUUAAAGUUUCUUAUUUCACCGAAUGCCAUUUUUUUUAAGUUAUGAGUUGGAAUAAAUCCUGUGCUAAGUCAUCUAGCCUACCUCUUAAUCGCGUUUUUGACAAAUUCUCAGAUAUAAUUUGUCAAGAGUGGAACAACAGUCAUAAUAUGAAAGUUCCAAAUACAAACCCACCGGCCGUCUGGAGCAGAGCUCUUCAUGCUCAAGACAGUGAUACUAUAGAAGCUUUAAAAAGUAAUAUGAACGGAGUUCUAUACUUUUCUGACAAUGAGCCCUCUGAGAGGGUGCUGGCCUGCCAAGCCUUGGUUGAGCGCCUUGAACAAGCUCUUCGAGAGGCCAAGCUUCUUCAUCUACAAUGUGGAGAAGUGCUAUUGCCUCAUGACCUCAUAUGGAGAAUUGCAGACCAGGUCCUAACAGCGUCCGACUACGAGCCUUGUGGCUUAAGAGGAUGCCUUAUAUAUAUUCACAUUCAGGAUGCCAAGAAACUAGAACGAAGGCGAGUAGGCGUAGUCAAAUGUGAUCCUAGUACAGUAGCUACCUUUGAGAUCCACUUGACACUUUUCCAAGACAAUAACAGUUGGUGGAGUCUUAGACAUCUGUUACCUGACAAACUGCUACAGAGCUUGGGAAAGAGGUCCAGUCUUGUGGUUAGCAGUCAUUUCCUAUUGGACAAAAAGAAGCUUUAUAGAUCUUCCAGUCAGUGAAACUUUCUGGUGGACUUUAUCUUCUGAGUUUGUAGUUCAUGUAUUUAAUAGCAGCAUCUCGUUAAUACUUUUGGUCUACGCACCCCCUUGUACUUUGAGUAGGCCUCUUUACUUGUGAAAUAUAUUUUUGUGGGGAGCAUCUUUUUAGAAUUAAAAAUGCACCUUAGUAGAUGACCAGUUUUAUUGCAGGCUGUCUUGUGACCAAUUUGUAUUUUAAGCCUGUGCUUUUUGAACAGUGUCUGUAGGAUUUAAAAUCUCUUGCGUAAGUGUUGUAUCUGUACUCUAAAAACUGGUCUCUAAAAACGUCAAUGUUCCCUGGGGAAACAAAAACCACCAAAUUAAAAAAAAAAAAAAAUCUGUCAACUUACAGAGAAACCCACCAAAACCAUCAUCUUUCUGAUAUUCUUCAGACAUACUCAGUGAAUUAAUCUUUUUAUUGUGAUCUGCUUAAAUGUGAAUUUUCUUGAGGCAGGUGAUAACCCCCCUCUAAAGUAGAAUGUUUAACGGGUUAAAAUUUAAACUCCUGCCGCUAGUGUUUUGAUCGGCAGGGGGUGUGCGUUAGGCAGUUCGAGCUAAGGCUGCGUACAAUUGAUGCUUAGUACCUGUGGUAGCUGCUGGAUGGCACCACUGUACAUUACAUUUAUUAACUGUCUGUGAUAGGUGAACUUUCUUUUAUGUGGUCUGGACAUUAAAGCAUUGUCCUUUUUUAUUUUUCUGUCUCAACUUUUCCCUGGGCAUACAAGUUAACAAAAUCUCUAGAGCUUGAUGUUAAAGUGGUCUAUGCAUUAAUUGUAAUAUUUCUACAGUAUUUGCAUAGUAAGUGGCAUGAUUUUGUUUAAUGAAGAAUAAAAAGUUUUCUUGUGGUUUCACAUGUGCCAUCAUACAAAUUUUUUGUAAAAGUUACCUUUUUUUUUUAGUUUUUUUUAUUGUCAAGCUCUAAUAAAGUUUUUUUUCACUGUUCCGCCAAGCCACAAGUGAUAACUGUAACGCACAAUUUAAGCUUAUUGGGUUUGUUAAGUUGUGACUAGUGGGAAAAGUUGAGAUGUUUAUUUUCUUCUUUCCUGGCAUGAAAUAUCUUAGAAACUAAGGAAGAAUAUUUAAAUAUUAAGUAUAGAAUUAUGCUCAUAACUGUUUAAAAUAAUAAAAGUAAUCAAUAGUUAGAGAAUUAACUUGAAUAAUUUUAUUCUUAUAGAUAAUUUAAUUAAAAAAAUAACUUUCUAAACUUGUUUUAUUUCUAAUAUUUGUUACUUUAUAAAUUUGACUAAUAAUUUAUUGUGAUUUUGCUCUUUCAUUAGAAUUUUUUAAAUAAAAUUCUAUAUUGUUUGUAAUAUUCUUCCUUAGAAAUAUUCUUGUGGACAUUUCAAGAAUUCUGAAUUUUGGUCUUGCAGCACAUUUAAUAAUGUGGCAAUAAAGCAUUUUGCUGUUAUUUAAAAAUAGACAAACCCGACUUAUUUCAUGUAAAUGUCUUUUUUUUUUCAUAACUAAUAUACUUAAAUUCAUGUGAAAAAUGGGGCCAUGCUCCUUAAUGAUGAUGUAAUUUGCAAACUCCUUCACUAUUAGAGUUUUAAAAUAAAACGUGAUUUAAGCUACUGUGAAUCCUUUUUAAAUACAAAAAAAAUGUGAUAAAAUUUUAUCAUUAGAAUGUUUAAUUGAGUAUUUUCAUUGUUAAGUGUAAAUUGAAUGCAAGUUUGAAUUGUGUGGAAUCCAAAAGAGUGCAUGUCUUUAUUUCUGUAGAAAUGAUGUAUUCCUGUUUAAGUGUACGAGAGUACAGUCAUCCCUGCCUCUCUGGAACUUAAAAUUUUGUGUAUCCUCAAGCAUAUUUUCAUUCUAUUAAUAAAUAAUAUAAAAAAUAUAAUUUUUGCAUUUUUUUCAUCUUAAAUUUUUUUAUCUGUUAAAAAGUAUAAUUUUAUACAUUUAAAAUUAUAUUUGAUAUUUGUAUAAAUUGUACUUGAGUAACGAAAUAUGGAAGUAUAAUUAUUAAUAUUUUGUAAGGUAGUUUCCAAAUUCUAUUGGUGGAAUAUUUUUAAUAUACACCAAUUUAAUGACAAAUUAAUUUUUUCAUAAUUUCAAUUUAAUUUUUAAUGUUUUUCAUAAUGGCAGUUUUUACAAAUUCAUCAAAAAGUUUGUCCCUAUUAUAAUCUAUAUGCUUGUGGAGAGUAUGGAAUAAAAAUUUUGGAGCAAUUGUUCAUUAACACCUAGUACAUUUCUUGUUGUUUCUGUACCUCUUAAUUUUGUAUUGUAUUGGUAACAUAACACAUCUAGUUUAUAGUAUGCACAUGUUUGAAAAAAAAAAUGAAAAAAGGGGGAAAAAAUACCUAACUUCAUUUCUAUGUCUUCAUUUGUAAAUCAAGGGUUAAUGCUUUUACCCUGUGUGAAUCUUGCAAGUGUAAAUGUUCAUCCUUUUUUUUUUUUUUUUUUUUUUUGUUAUUCAUAUAUCCAGGCACUCCUGCGAUUUUUAGUCCAAACAGUGGCAUUUUGAAGUGUUUUCUUUCCUGUGAUUUUUGAUCGUAAACAUGCUUUCCUAGAUAAAAAGCUAAACAAUAUUUUGUGAAACAGAAUGUUCUGUCAUAAAACAAAAAAUCUGCUUUUUCAAGGUAAUUUUUCUAUCUUAAAAAAUAUACUAGUCAAUAUGAUCUCUUUAUUUUUAAUAUCAUUAUCAAUGAUAUUCAAUUUUUUUUCAAGAUAUUCACUGUGGUUCGGCUUGCCUGAUAUAAAUUUAACUUGGCUGCAACUGUCUUUCCUGCCUGAAAUUUUCCAACUAUUUAAUCUUGAAUGAAUUAUUUUGUAAUGUCAGUGCACAAGUAAUACAUCUGUAUAUCAUUCCUGUAAGCUCUGUUUUUCAGUUAUUGAAUCAUACUAGGUUAGACAAGAAAUCUGAGGUUGUAUUACUCAAAUGUGUAGAUUUUUUUCAGGUAUUAAGCUAUUCUGUAGUAGGUUUAGUAGUAAUAAUCCAAUCUUUUGAAACCAAAGCUCUGAUUGUUGCAUGUGUAUUUACGAGGUGUUCAGGAAAUACAUAAUUGUGUAUUUUUGUUCUGUUGGCUAAAUGCUUGGAAAAUUUGUGCUUGUAUGUGUUACUGGAUGAACAACUUUUUGUAUGUGUUUUAUAUUUUAUAAGAAAAAAAAUAAAUUUAUUUGAAAAGAA